AUGGCCACUGAAAAGUCGGUAGUACUUGUUGAUGGUCAAGCCCCACCUCGUUUUAUUCCAUCAACACGCUUCACACUAGCAUUACUCGUCUUUUUUGCUUUUAUCGUUCAAUAUUCUCAGCGUGUAAAUUUACCAAUUGCUAUUGUAUGUAUGGUUAAUCGUACGAAACCAAUUGACAAUAGUCGUAUAUUAUUUUCAAAUCAUACAGUAACACCAACAUAUCCUUCAUCAAGGUAUAUAAUUGAUCAAUCAACAACAAUAAAACCUAUCAGUGCACCUAUAGAAAAAGGUGGUAUGUUUGAAGAGAAACAAUUUUUUUGGACUGAGUUACACCAACAAAUUCUUCUCGGUGGAUAUUGGGCUGGCUAUAUCUUUACUCAGGUACCAGGUGGAUGGUUAGCAACAAGUAUAGGUGCUAAAUGGGUUUAUGCAGGUUCUCUUGGUACUAGUUCAUUAGCUACAUUAGCUUUAACAAUUAUGUAUAUGAUGUCAAGUACACAAUUUAUUCUUAUACUUAUUCUUCGAUUUAUAAUUGGUCUUGCUCAUGGUGUACUUUUUCCAGCAACAGUUGCUCUUUGGUCCCUAUGGGCUGUUCCACAAGAAAGAAGUACACUGGCAUCAAUUGGUUUUUGUGGUACACAUCUUGGAACAUCGUUAACAAUGUUGACUGGUGGAAUAUUCUGUCGAUAUUUAGCUUCAGGCUGGAUGUAUCUAUUUUUUGUCUCGAGUCUUCUUGGUUUUAUAUGGUUUAUAUUGUGGGUGACAUUGACAGCCGAUGCACCAAAUCAUCAUAAAACAAUUAGUGCUCAUGAACGAGAAUAUAUAUGUAAGUUAACUGGUAGUACUGGAAAGAAACGUACCAUGUCAUUGGCAUCAAUACCAUGGAAAAAUAUUGUAACAUCAAAACCAUUAAAUGCUUUAAUGAUAACACAUAUUGCAAAUUUAUUUGGUUUAUUUUUCUUUUUAACAAAUUUUGGUAAAAUUCUCAAUCAACUUUUACGUAUCUCACCACAAAAUACUGGUUAUAUAUUAGCAUUUGGAUUUUUUCUUACACUAUUAAGUAGUUUAUCAUCAGGUAUUGCAACUGAUCAUCUUGUUCGUGCAAAUAUAUUGACAUUAACAAGUGCAAGAAAAUUAUUUAAUUCAUUAACAUCAUUUCUACCUGCUUUAUGCAUGGUAUCACUUUGUUUUUGCGAUCAAUCUCAACAGGUACUAGGUGUUAUUACUGUUCUUAUUUUUCUUGCAAGUUCUGGUCUUGGUUAUGGUAGUGGUUAUAUCGUAAAUUUUGCAGAUAUUGUUCCUGCUUAUUCCGGUGUUAUAUUUGGUAUUGCUAAUACAUUUGCAUCUUUAGCUGGUUUAAUUGGAAAUAUAGUUGCUGGAAUGAUUGUUAAAGAACCAAUAUUAGAACAAUGGAGAAAAUUGUAUAUUAUGUUUGGUAUUGUUUAUGUUAUUGGUGGUGUAGUUUAUCUUCUAUUUGGUUCAGCUAUACCAAGAAAAUGGGCGAAAUUUCAAGCAGUUGAUAAUAGUGCUAAACAAGAAGAAAAAUUACAUGAUGAAGAAGCAAUGCCUAUGAAUGAAAAAAUUUGA